AUGAACUGGAACGUUAUCAGCAUAACAAACCUUAUUAAGGAAAAAGUUGAUUUAAUGAGAGCUAGUGAAUGGGCAAAAUUAGGCGAUAAAGUGAUUGAUAUAGAGAAGAAGUAUAUGAAAAACGACCACAUCAUUGACCAAAUAACGGAGGAGUUUAUCGCGCAAGUGGACAAUAGUGACUCUGAGUUUAGUUCGGAGGAUGAAGAUGAUGACGAAGAUUACGCUGAUGAUUGUGAUGAUGAUAAACUGGAAGAUGAAGGGGCCUCUACUAGCACCAGAUUUUAUGGAAGGCAUAUCACCUCUUAA